CGUCUUUUGAUUAGCUGUCACCAUGGUGACAUGUCUUCAUUGUCACAGCUUCUUGAAAUAAGAGGAGACGAAAGUGAAGGUAAAUGAAAAGAGAAAACGGUGCUAAGGCUGCAGGCAGGAUUAGAUGCUGACAAUGAUUAACAGGGAUGGAAUGAAAUGGAAAUCUAUAUGACGCAGAUGGAUCCAGGAGAAAUGAAAGAAGGGCGAGAUGUUUGUCCAAGCCUGUCACCAUAGUUAUCCUUUUACAUAUCCUUUUUUUAUUCAUUCACCAGUAAUUUGAGACAAACUCAGUGAACACUAAAAAUUCAGAAAUACCAACAAGCUGAAAUAUGUUUGAGGAUACUGUCUUUUUGUGAUGUUGCUGCUGUAUUAAAGUUACAGUGGAUAUAAAACGUUUGUACAUCACAGUUUAAAAGAAUUAGAAACGACAAGUAGAUACAUCAUUUAAUAGCUUGACAUGAGAUAUAGUGCAUCAUGAAAGUAUUCACAGCGCUUCACUUUUUCCCACAUUUUCCCGUGUUACUGCCUUAUUUCCGAUUGUAUUAAAUGAAUCUCUUUUCUCAAAAUUCUACACACAAAGUGUAAAACGACUAGACGAAAAAAGAAAAUCCUUAAUAUACUGUAUAAGGCACAUGGUGCCCCAUCUGGAGUCCGGAGAUUAUUAGAAACAUCAUGUUUGGAGGUACUGGCAUCACCAUGCCAAUACCGUUUCUAUAAUGAAGCAUGGUGGUGGAAGCAUCAUGCUAUGGGGAUGUUUUGGAGAAGCAGGAACUGGCAGACUAGUCAGGAUAGAAGGAAAGAUGAAUGUAAAGACUGUCCCAACUGUGAAGAUAUUUUUGGAAUAGCCAACACAGAGGUCUGAACUAAAAAAGAAAAAACCUCAAAAUCUGAUCAUUUUGAGAAUUUUCACAAGAUAGAAUGGGCAAAUGUAGCCAGUUCAAGAUGUCACAUUCUAAAGCAGCUACCACAAAGACAAAAUGCUGAAAUCAUAAAAUGACAUAUUAGCUUAUGGGUACUUAUACAGCCAGGUUACAGGAACAUAUGUUUUAUUAGACUUGCUUCAAAGAUUUGUAUGCGUUUUUGCAGCUACACAAGAUAUAUGUAACACAAAAGACAGAUUAGAUUUUGAAGUUUCCCACUCAAACAUUUAAGACAUUUGAACUUUUUUUUUUUUUUUUUUUUAGGUUCCCAUAAGAGCAUGUGUCUGUCUUAAAGAAAGAGAGUCCGAUCUGGGCUCUCUUGUUUUAGUAAAAAGUAAAUCAAUAAUUUCCCACAGAGUAAAGUCAGAGCACACCAGUCAGCGUCAUAUGCGUGCCCACAGCAUGGUUUAAGCUCCCUUUCUAAAGUCCGGGCACCUUCAGGAAAAAAAAAAAGAACAUUUCUUUUUCCUGCUGACGCUCCCUGGACGCACACUUUAAUGCCUGGGAGAGAGAAAGGGAGCGAGGCAGACGGAGGAAGUCAUGCUGCACAGCUGAGAGGAGGUCUGUGUUAGAGCCGCGGCCGCUCGGGUUGAGUGUGCACGGAUGCAAAGUCAUCUCUUCUCUUACAAUGAAUGCCUUAAUAUGGACGGCUGGUUAGUCAUCUGAAAAGACCUGGAACCCCCCAGUCAACCCGUUUCUCCCUCCCUGCGAUAUGAACGGGUUGCAGCCAGAAAACGCUGGAGUUGGUGGAAUCGGGGAAACCGCCGAGGAAAAGUACGGAGCUCUCGCCUUCGACACGGCUCUCAGCACUUUGGUGGUAGUGGCCCUGUACGUGGUGGUGAAAGUCAGCCUCGACGGCUUCAGGCAAUGGCGUGCACGGAUCUCGGUGCUUGUCGUGGGCUCGGGUCCCGUAGGGCUGACGGCGGCGCUGGUCGCUGUCCGCUCCGGGAAGGUGCUGAAGCUGACCGUGUUGGACGAGAGGUACCGGACCGCGCUGCUCUGCCGGCCCCAGCAGAUCGCCCUGGAUCCUCGCAGUGUGAAGUUUCUACUGGGACUCGGAGUGGACUUUGAUAACAUGGAGGGCUGCUGGCACAAUGAGCACUUCUUCACUAGAAUAGGCGUGUUUCAGGAGUAUCUGCUGAGCAUCCUGGAGCAGAAGAAGCAGAAGGUGGAGAUCAAAGUGCAGCUGGGAACUAAGUUUACGGAAGAAUACCUGCAGCGGAUUCCGCACAAUGACUGGCCUCGAGUCAUCGUGGUGGCUGACGGAUCGUGCGGAGACUCCUGCUCUGUUUUAGGAAUCAGCUCUGACUACAUUGUGGAGUCCUGCCAUGCCUACGGAGCUAAUGCCACCAUAGAAAGAUCAGACCAGAGACAGGUGCCCACACCUGAGAUACGUGCACACAGUCUCUAUUUUGACCUGUCUGCUUAUGGAGUGGAGGCUCUCCGAGAGCACAAAAACCCGACAGCCAAGUCUGGCUUCCACCUGAAGAUCUAUGGCACCUUCAGAAACCGCUACAUGGCCCUCGCCUGUCCCACUUCUGACACCAAAAUGGUUCGCUACCUCAGACAGACUGCAAACUCCUUGAUCAUGAAGAACAUUUUCCAUGAAUCCUUCAAUGCCUACAAGACAGACAUUGAACCUCGUCUCAACGAUGUGACGCUUCACCACAUGCAGUGCAGCCGCCGACUCUUUGAGAUACAGUUGUCACACAGACGGAUCAGUGCCGCCUACAUAGAAGGAGAAAACGUUGCCGUCAUUGUGGAAGGCGAAGCGGCACGCGUCCUCAACUUCGACACAGGGUUUGGGGUUAAUCUGGGAAUGCGAGGCCUUGAGUCAGUGGGGACCUUCAUUUAUCGGACAGCCACUGCUGUGGACCAGAAUGAUAUUUUAGAGGCCCUGUCAGCUAAGAUGAAGUACUCCAAACAGGUGGCAGAGACCUUCAAGCAGACAGGUCUGACUGAGUCAAUGUAUGAAUGAGGAGGCAGAAGAUCCUGCUGUGUAAUAAGUGCCACCCAGUGGACAGAAGUGGAUCAGAAUGUGAAGACGAGGCCUGAAGCCUGCACAGUGUUAAUAAUUUCAUUUCAGACUGAGCUUAAAGAGACUGAUCAGAAAAAUAAUUGAAAAAAUUGGUAACCUUUUUCUGAUUUACAGGCAACAUAUGAAGUUGAUGAAAAUGAGAAAUGCUAAAAUUAUAUUCAGGAAACCAAGGACAAUCAUAAAGCUGCAACAAAAUAUUUUCUGUGGUCUGUAUAGAAAAGAUGUUCUGCUCUGAAAUAGUUGGAAUUAACUGCAGCUACACCACUGUGGAUUAUUUUCCUCUAUUUUCCCUCCUUUAAUUAGACAAUCCAUUGACUUGAUUUCCAGUUAAUUGACAGUUGUGCACAAGAGCUGCUGGAAAAUAACAGACUGUGUUGAAGCAUCUUCAGCACAGAGUGAGAAAUGUUAGGGCUAUAAUUAACAAUGAUUUAAAAAACAAAAAACAUAUGCUAGAUCAGAUGAUGUAAGGCAGCAGCUGUUCCACUCGGGGUUUUCAUUGCCUCCUUUGUAUCUGUGUUUUUGGCUGCUGAUAAGGCGACAUAAUGGUUUUACUCAUUUCACACGAUGUCUUUUUUUUACUUGUACAUAUUUUAUAUGGACAGAGACAAUGUGGCCAUAUUGUGAUUUCUUUUGUGCAUAUUUUCAUCCAGAUGAUGUGAAAUGUCUCAAUGAUGAUGAUGUAGUGGAAGUGCCAAUAAAACUGAUGAUGAACUCAGUGGA